GAUACUACUCGGACCUGUAUAUAUAUAUAUAUAUAUCUGUCUCGGUCCGGCAGCUCCACCACCUUGCUGACCUGAAAAUCUCUUCUUGUUUCCUCGGGUACGUGAAUAGCAGCCGCACUGUCGUUCUGCGCUGCUAGAAAUCCUUUUCACUAUUGGAUCUUCUCCAUCUUGGCGACUGGCAAUUUCUGGGAUUACAAGAACCGCCGCUGCUUCUUAUCGGUCUCCCCUACGUUGCUUGACACCUACUGCCUACUUGCCAGCCACGAGAUCGAACGAACCCACGGCCUGCGCGGGACGUCCAAGUGUUUGAAUUACGAGUGCUGUUACAUUACACCAUGUCCAAGGUUGCGAGGAAGCAGAGGCCGUCGGCUGCCAUCGACGAUAUCGAUGCCAUCACGCCGUGCCCGCUUGCCCGCGGCACCCCCGACAAAAUGGGUGUGUCCGAAUUUGCCAACCCGGUGGAGGCGUUUCAGGAGUCGAGGUCGGCAUCGCCGUGCUCCGAAUGUUCGUUGAGCCGGCUGGAUGCGUCGGGGAAUAGGAAACGGGAAUCCCUGCGGGUGUUAGAAGAGGGCACCAACGGUGACCCCGUGAGACUCUGGAAGCGCAUGCUCGCGCUCCAGCAGGCAUAUGGCUGCUACAAAUCAGCUCGGAUGAGCGCAGCCCUCAGCUCUGGUGACGUUAGUCUGUUGUUGCCUUCGAAGGCGUGUCUAAACCUUUUGAACGAGAAUAUGACUUUCCUACCUGGCGAGGCGGGACCGGGGAUGGAUGAGUGGCCAUCGGAGAUGGAACGCGGGCGCAAUCAUUGAGGCCCAACGGAUCGGCUGACACUAUCCGAUAAUUAUCGUCAAGAGGGGAAGGGGUUGUUUGAGGCGAAGGGACGAGCAUAUGCCACGAUUACCGAAGACGUUUUUCUUCUUCUUUCGGAUCCGAUGGAAAGGGAGUUGGGCCUCAA